CACACAGCAUCUCACAGUCACUCAUUCAGACACUCACUUAACAACCUUCCACUCGUUCCACCACUCUCAUUUCAACAAAUAGACCCAGUAUAACUACUCAAUCCUUCAAAAUGGUUCAAAUUGCUUCCUUCUUCACCCUCCUCGCCAUGGGCUCCUCAGUCUUCGCCACCCCCAUGGUCAACAUCGACACCAUAUCCGUCGAACAGGGCCUGGCUCUCCGCGCCACCAACGACCUCCCCAACGUCGCUCGCUCGCCCGCCGCUGGCGCAGCUGCCGCCGCCAUCGCCCCCGUCGUCAUCGACAUCGCCACCCGCGUCGUCAAGAUGAUCGACAGCAUCAGGGACGACGUCGAGCGCCGAAAGCAAUUCACCCAACGCGUCGCCUCCGACGUCCAUGCCCGCUACCCCGGCUUCAACAUCGUCGUCUGUAACGUCGGCUACAAGCUCGAGGGUCCCGGCUACCAGAACGUGGUCUCGACUAAGUACCAUGCAGCGGUUGGCGCAGAUGUUACCUAUGAUGUUGUUUUGUUUAGCUCGCCUAAGACGUUUACUCGCCAGGGUGAUGGUGGAUUCCAAAACUGGGCUUACCUUGUUGGCAAGCAGUGCCGUACUGAUGGUGGAUUCAUUGACUGCCCCAGGCGCGGUUAGGAGAGGAGUGUGUGAGGGGAAUCGGCGGGCUUUUAUGCAUAUAGAUUUUAUGAGUAUAGAGUUUUAGAGAUCUAGUACUGGGGUGGAUUCCUCAGCUGCGACGAGCUGGUGCUUGGCCUUUUAGACAGUUUGAUUACUUAUUUUUUUCUGCUAGAGUAGAGUGAGAGUGGUAGGCUUCGUGG